AUGUCUUCGCAACUCGAGCUAUUACCCGGUGAUGGACUUUCUGACCUCCUUCGCUCUUGGUUGAAUGUCAGCCUCUGUGACGAUGCACUCGAGGCUGUCGAUGCGGACCGCGUCAGCGCUGAGCCUGUUUAUGGUCGCAUGCCAGGACGUACUGCUGAGGUAAGCGUUGGCGGACGCAUUGCGAGCACGGGACUUUUCUACAGUAUUCCGGAUGAGAAAUGCUUCGGCGAGAACGCAGGGUUUGUUUUUUGA